CCCCUUCCUCCCGCGCCUUGAACCCUGUCCGCUGGCCAGUGAUGCUUGUGUUGUGUGGCGCCGCUGGGUAAGCUCCCCCCUGUUUAUCGAGAGUCUACUUCGUCUCCCACAGCUCGGCCCAAUCGUGCCCUCCUAGGUUUCUCGUGGUUCAAGGCGCAUCUCGUCAUUCUAGGUCCCUUAUUUCCUAACUCUAUCCUUCUUCAAGCCGAGACAAGAAACUUGCUGCUCCCUUGUCCAUGCCAUCAAUUGAACUUUCCUCUAUUGUUUACGCCAUAACAAUCGUCUCACAGGCGACGAGAUACCAUUCUGCACUUGCUUUUGUAUCUUGCGAUACCCGCUUGAGAAACUCGAACUUCUGCAUCCAGUUUGGGCAGCGAAUAUCAACAGAAUCCCCGAGAAACCCCCAGCAAGACAAGAAAACCGAAGCUCAUUCUUGUGCCAAAGGCCAUCGUCCCCGUGCGCCACAGACAAUAUCAGACCAUCUACCCUGAUUAGCAUUGAUCACCUGCUACGAGGCAAGGAACCCCCCAACCAACGGGUCCCGGAAGCAUGAAUUCGGAAGAGCCAGUCGAUUACUGCCCUUACCGGCAGAACCUUGACUGGAGCCAUGUCCAAACCCAAGACUUCUCCAACGUGAAAUACUUCCAAGCCUCGGAUUCCGAGUUGGAAAAUGACGGCGACGUAUACGCGAAUGGCGUGACGUAUUCUUCACAACCGGCCCAGACCAGCGGCAAGAAGAGCAAGAAGAAGACCAAAAAAGACAAGAAGGCAGCACAAUACACAUACGACGAACCGCCAUUUGCUCCCCCCGAUAUCCCCGCGCCAGAACCGUCUCAAGAUACCGGCGUCGCCGAAGACGAGUGGCCAACGGCACCACCCCCUAAGAAGGACAAGAAGAAGAAAAAGAAGAGCAAGAAGGAAGAGACGGCUGCUGCCUCUCCUCCGCCCCCUCCACCCCUUCUGCCCGCAGAACCAGAGUCCGAACCCGAACUUGAGCCCGAGCUCGAGCCUGAGCCUACUAAGAAGGAAGAGACCGUUGUAGAGGAGAAGCCGACAGCUCCAGUCAAGGCGAAAGAGUCUUCGAAAAAGGACAAAAAGGACAAGAAAAAGGACAAGAAAAAGAAGAAAGACAAGAGUGGUAAAGGCAACGAGGCGGAGCCGGUCAAAAGCUCAAAAUCGAUACAGUCGCCGUCACCGCCGCUGGCCGAGGAGUUGAAGCUACCAAAGAUGGAAGAACCGGCGGCACCGCCCCCAGAGGCGGUCGUGCUGGACACCAAGGACGAUAGUCUUUCUGUCGAGCCCCCGGCCGAGUCAGCCCCAGCCGCUGACAGGGGUUUUAACAAGCCCAGCGACGAAAAGAAGCAGGAGGCGGACGCGCUGACUGCCGCCGCCGGAGCUGUUGCGGCCGUGAGCGUGGCGGCAACGGCAGCUGCGUUGGCCAACGCCGACAAAGAUGCUGUUGAAACGCCCGCCGAUGCACCGAGUGACGAAACAGAAGACUCUCCCCCGGGUGAUGCCUUGGAUUCCCCCUUCGACCAACCGGACACAACCCCCGAGGCAGCAGAACCCGAGCCCAAGGCUUCUGUUGAACAAAUCCCUGAAGAAGAAUCGACUCCUGAAGCAGGAGUAGAAAAAGAUGCUGCCGAGGCUCAACCGAGCGACAUAACGGUAACUGAGCCUGAUCCCAAAGCCUCGGCGGACGGGCGGGCUGAACAGCCUGCGGAUGAAGAGUCAGAAGAUUCAACACCAGCCGAGCCAACUUCGGACAUCAAGCCCGAAGAACCCGCACCCGCAUCGGAAGCAGAUGCGUCGCCGGAACUUUUGACAGAAGCUCCUCCUGGCGAAAUCCUGGAUGACUCCGCGUCCGCAGAGGCAGCUUCUGAUGUUCUUGUCGAGGCCAAGGAUGGAGUUCCGGCUUCCUCCGAAGAGCCGACACCGAUCGAGUCUGCCGUCGUUGAACCUACGCCUGUCGCAGAGCCCCCGAUCGAUACCUCGACAGAAUCCAAGCCAGAAAAGUUCGAAGAGUCUGCAUCCGCCGAGGGGGGACCCGGCCAGGCACCGGAUGACACUCCUGCCGAAGCCAAGCCUGACGACGCCGCGACAGCUGAAACUCAACCGGAUGAUCCUGUACCUUCAGAAGAGCAAAUAACAGCUGAAGCCCCUGUAAACGCCAAGCCAGAAGACGAUGCUUCCGCCGAGAAGCUGGUUGCCGAGAUUGUAGUUGAGACGGCGGACGAAGAUGUUGCGCCUGUAUCAACGGAAGCGGAGACCUCGGCUGAAAUUGCGCCCGCUGAGCCGGCUGCCGAGGCUCCGUAUGAUGCCAAGCCGGAUGAAUCCGCUAUCACCGACGAGCCCACGAAAGAUACCGCCGCCGACACCCCCGUCGAGAUCAAUGCAGGAGAUGCUGCAGCGUCAGAAGAUCUUAUGGACGAUGUUCCUUCUAAUGCUCCAGCCGAUGCUCCUGCCGAUACUUCUACUUCUGUGGAUUCUGAACCUCCAGCUCUUGAGAAAGCAUCAGUCGAGACAGUCUCUGAAGCCACCGCACCUGAAGAGCCUGUGGUUGUGAAGGCAACUGAAGCUGGAGCGAGUGAUACUCCUCUUGCAGAGACGCCACCGCCGGAGACUCCCACUGAGGUCAAUGUUGAAGAAGUGGCUUCAGCCGAAGCUGAAUCCUCGAUCGAGUCUCCUGAAGACGUGAAGUCCGACGGGACAGCGUCGGCGGAGAUCUCAUCCGGCGAGCUGGUUUCGACCGCCGCAACAUCAGCUGCAUCAGAGGCUGCACUUGAAGCCACCGAGGAGGGGGCAGCCGAUCCUAAGCCGGCAGAAGCCACAGUAUCUAUUGUAGAAGACACUCCAGUUGCUGUCGCUAUCGUGGAUUCGGCGCCAGGAGAAGCUGAGGCGACAGAAGCCGUAGUCGAAGAUCCAGCUACAGAAGGCGACGUUACUCCUGUCGACGAGGCAAAAGCGGAGGACACUCCCAAGGACGAUGCUCCUGGGCUGACAACCUCUGAGCCAGAUGUGUCAGCCCCUGCUAAGAAGCAGUCAGAGGUGUCUGCAGACAAUGAUAUGGAGCCUGAAGUGCCAUCAGCAGCUGAACCAGAGGCUUCUCCUGCAACAUUAGGAGAGCCACCCAUAGUUGAUCCUGCUGCCGAGCCACCCGUCGAGACUGACACUCCUGCCGAGGAUACCGCUUCCACGGGCUUUGUUGAGUCAAACGAGGACGACACUGCUUCAGUCAAAAAUAUCGAAGCGGAAACCGAAGUAGAUGUUCCCGAGGCAGUCGUCGACAAAGUCAAGCCUGAAGAUUCCGCCGCUGUCUCAGAGCCAGUAGCACCAGAAGCUGCAGCCCCUACAACAGAUGCGGAAACGCCAACUCCCCAUGAUGCUGACGAAAAGAACGAAGAGUCCGCUACCGUUGCUGAACCCGCUGACGGACUUGAUACCGCAAUGACCGCGGAGACUCCGCCGGCUAGUGAGCCAGCCAAGUCAGAGGACAUUCCCACUGCCAGCGAAGCAAAUGAGACACUUGUUGGAGCAGCCCCUGAACUUGAAGAUGUCACUAAAGCCUCACCUCAAGUUGAAGAGACCGACGAGCAGGAGCCUGUUGAGGAAAUCGAGCCCGAGACUGAAGCGGAGGCUCCCAACGAGUCUGAAGCCGGGCCUCCCGCGCCAGUUACAGCCGAAGCUGAGAUCGACGCUCCCAAGGCCGCAGAAACAGAGUCACCGCCAGCAGCCGCCGCCGCCGCCGACGACGACGAUACUCCUGAGCCAGCAGAUCCCGAUGUUGCCAAGACCAAUGUUUCAGAGUCCAAGGAGGAGCCUAUCGUCCCACAAGAACAGGAAACACCACCUGCGGCUGAGGUCGAACCGGAUGUAGUCAAGGCAGAAGGCUCCCAAGCGACCAAAGAAGAGCCAGAUGUUCCCAAGGAGGCCGAGACUGAAGCCACAGAAGAUGCUGUUCCCGAAUCAGACACUGCUCCAGCUGAUGAUGUCUCGCCCGAGCCCGUACAGGCUUCUGCCCCCGAAGCUGCGAACGAAGCCGAGUCUGUAGUUGCUGUAGAUGUUGACGCCAAAGGAUUGCCUGCAACGGAGCCCGCGGUGGAGGUCCAAGAUUUCGAAAAGACGGCACCAGAGAGUCAAAUUGAGGCCCCUAAAGAAGAUGAGGCCGAUGCCGAGGCUGUGACCGAAGUCGAAGCAGAUGCUCCUCAGGUGUUUGAAGCUGAGCCCGCUGCCGAGCCUGCUGCUGAGCCCGCUGCCGAGCCUGCUGUCGAGCCUACCGCUGAGCUCGCCGCCGAGCCUGCUGCUGAGCCUGCUGUCAAGCCUACCGCUGAGCUCGCCGCCGAGCCUGCCGCCGAACCUGCAGCUGAACCUGCCGCUGCGGAGCCAGACCCCGGAGCCAUUCCAGAUGUAGGGGCCGAAACGACUAAGGACGAGUCCGAUGCACCAAAGGAGGCCGAGACUGAAUCCUCUGCACCGGAAGGAACCACAGCCCCGGAGCCUGAUUUCGUAGAAUCGUCUGCAGAUUCAGUUGUCGCAGACGAUAUGGUUAUCUCAACAGAAGAAACAGCAACUGAACUCGAAAAGACACCCGAAGAAGCCAAUGUCGAAGAGUCAACCCCUGAUCCGGCCACAGAGGAGUCCAGUACCGCCGCCGACGAAGAAGCCAAAGAUGAGCCAGAAGCGGAUGGGGAAACCCUUACUUCAGCACCCACAGAUAUAACUGAACCUGAUGCGAGUCCCGAUGAGGUUAAAGCUGAAGUUGCCGAGACCGAUGUCAUUGCCGAGCCACAGGAAUCUGCCACAACUGCCGACGAAGCCAAAGAGCUCGAGAAGGAAGCCGCCGCCGAGACCCCCGCACCCGAGACUGCUUUCGCCCCCGAGGACAUGAAGACCUCCGAUCCCGAGCCAGAAUCAGAGGUUGCCUUUGAGACCAAAGAAAAAGAAUCAGAGCCAGUCACCGUAGCUCUGGACCCAAAGCCUGAGCCCGCCGCAGGAACGGUCACCGAACCGACACCAGAACCCAGGGACGCUGAGCCUAAUGCGGAUCCUGGCCUGGAAGCCAACGACCCCGAGCCAGAACCAGCAUCUGACGGGCAACCCACGGAGCAAUUGACUGAGUCAAAGGCGGAGCCCGAACCCCCGGCUGAGAACCCUGCUCCUGUUACGGAGGAACCUGAGGCGAAGGCUGAAGAUCCUGAAGCAGAGCCAGCUUCAACUGCAGAGGCUAUCGACACGGUUCUCGUGGCCGAUGCCAAGGAUACAGAACCGGAACCAGAGACAGAAGCUGCCUCGGAUUCCAAAGAGCCCGAGACUGAGGUUCAGGCUGAGGCCGAGGCCGAAGCUAACGACCCUGAGCCGGAGCCUGAAGCAUCAGGAACUGUUCCUGACGCCGAAGCUGCUGUGGAAGCUCAAGAGCCUAUGGCAGAGGCCACGACUGAAGCUGAGGCCAAUGAGCCUGAGCCUGAACCACCAGCAGAUGCUCACGAAGCCGCAGCCGAGUUGCCUGAAGUGGUUCCCAUUAUUAAAGAGGCCAAAGAACUCGAGACUGAUUCAAUCCCCGAGUCGACGGAACCUGAACCUCAAGCUGCUCCUGAGACGAAGGAGGUCGAGCCUGCUCCUGAAGCCGAAGACUCUGGGCCCACUCCGGAGUCUAAAGAUCCUGAGCCUGAGACCGAAGCGCUCGAGAAGGCAGAUACGAAGGAACCAGAGACUGAGCCAGAGGCGACGGCAGAGGAGACAAAGACUGCUGAGGCAGAGUUGAACGCGGAGCCCAAUGACCCGAAACCUGCUGCCGAGGUCGAAACAGCUCCGGAGAAGGAACCCGAGCCUGAAGCUGAGGCAUCUCCUGAAACAGGCACUCAAGAAUCUGAACCAGAAUCUACACCAGCGGCAGACGCGGUCGAGCCUGCUGCUGCUGAGGCGAGGGAUCCCGAGCCUGAGGUUGAGGCACCUCCUGCAACAGUUGUCAAAGAAUCUGAACCAGAACCUACACCAGCGGUAGAGACGGUCGAAACUCAAGACCCUGAACCUGCCUCUGAAACUGCUAUCGAAGAGGAAGCCAUGGAGAUGGGGCCGGAGGCAGUUUCUGCUGAGGAAGUUUCUCAACUAAACUCCGAGGGGCUCAUUGCGGAAGCCGAUAUAGCUCCUGAAGCCAACGAUGCCGCUCCCGAGCCCGAGGCUGCCCCCGACGCUGCCCCCGACGCAGAGACCAAAGAAUCGGAGCCCCCUUCUUCAGAUGUUGACAUGGUUGAAGAUACUCCCAACACUGAAACCCUAGAGGCAGAAGCCCUGGCACCUAACGAAGACGACAAAGAGUUAGUGUGUGCUCCCGAGGAAGCCAUCGCAGAUGAAUCCAAAGAUUCAGAGCCUCUGACCGAAACUUCCGACGAGCCAAAGGAAGCUAAUGCCGAAUCCGCCCCUCAUGUUGUUCCUGAAGAGACCGUUCCCGAGGCUGCGGAAGCACUAGUUGAUUCUCCUGCUUCAGUUGCGAUGGCAGAACCCGUCCUGGAAGCCAAAGAGCUGGAGCCAGAGCCGGAGGCUGAGCCGGAGGCUGAGCCGGAGGCUGAGCCAACUGCCGAAGAUACCAAGGAAGCAGAGCUUUCUGAAGGAGUUGCGGAGGCGGAAGAAGCUGCUGUAGUUGAGGAGACUUCGACACUAGAGCCUCCAUCUGCCGAGGAUUCAGCACCCACCGACCCAGCAUCUGCUGAGCCAGAACCUACUGUCGCCCCUGAAGCUCCCACAGAUCCAACACCCACUGAUCCAGAAGCUUCCACUGAGCCAGAAGUGCCUGCUGUCCAGUCUGAAGCCCCAGUUGAGCCUCAACCACCGGCUGAGGCAGCGGCACCCGCAACGGAAGGGGAGCAAACAAGAUCCCUUGAUAUCGAUGAGAGCAAGGACACGGUAGGACCAAUUGCCUCUGAUGCGAGAGGUGCAGAGAAAUCAGGUGAGAACUCCCUUCCUUCCCCUAAUUCCGAAUACCCGGAUGGAGAUAUACGGGAGGGACAGGGUGGCCAAGACCCUGAAGUUCCGUACGAAAACGACCAUGUCGACUGCCCGGAGUCGGAGACCCCAGCCCUCGCCGCGAACGACACACCAGAUCCGGAUUCCGAGGACCCUGCCGAAGGAGUUGAGGCGGCGCCGGUUCCCAUUGAUUCUGCCAAAGAGGAUCCUCUCUCCGAUCCGCACGCAGCAGAGGAAGAUCCAACCCCUGCUGCUGUUGAAGAACCUGCCGCCGUCGAAGAUCUCGUCAUCGAGGAGUCUACUGCCGAAGAGCCUACUGCCGAAGAUCCAACUGCCGAAGAGCCAACUGCUGAAGCGACUGAAGAGCAAGCGGUCGAAGAAGCUCCUAUCGAAGAAUCUGUCAAAGAGACUGUUACUGAGGAUCCUGUCAUCGAGGCGCCAGCUGAACCGACUGUUGAGGAGGCAUCGCCUUCUGUUGAUGACGGAUCACCAUCCCCUGAAGUGUCCCAGCCCGAUGAACCGGAGGCGCCAUCCCAUGACACCACAGAAGCUGCUAUGGAGGAUAUACCGGUUGAAGCAUCUUGCAUUGGCACGGCAGCUGAGGAGCUCAUUUCCGACGACAACGCGCAAGAUGAAGUCAACGACUCAACUUCUGAAGAGCCUCAAGCAGAGUCGUCGCUGGAUGAGGAAUCUGUACCGGCAGAUACUUCACUAGAAGGACCAUCACCAGCAGAAGAUGAAGCGACAAAGGAAGCAGUAUUCGAAGAUCCCUCCGCAGUAGAAGCUCAAACCUCAGAGCCCGUGAUUGAAGAGCCACCCGCCGAAGCACCUGUCUCGGAAGACGUCCCUGUAGACUCGUCUGCUCCUGAUUCAGCCUCUGAUGAGACAGCGGCUGACGAAGCUGCGACUGAGGAGGCUAUCGCCGUUGAAGACCCUGCCGCUCCGGAGGUAGUUGUUGCUUCCGAAAACCAUUCUGCGGAGACAAUACCGGCGACGGCUGCUGAGGACAAUCUUUCUCAGGAACCUCCUGAGGAUGAUGUCUCUGAGGAUGCUGUGCCGGCUGAGACAAUGGAGCAAGAAGAAGACGAACCUAUGGCAAAUUUGGCCAAACAAACGGAGGAGGAUUUGGAGGCUGCACCUGAUGCAGUGCCAGAAGAUUCCGUGCCCGCAGAGACCGCUACAGACGAGGUCGCUUGCGAAGAACCAACGACAAGUGCGGCCGCUCCAGAAGACCCGAUGGCAUUGUCCGAGCCUAUUUCUGAAGAACUGCCAACUGAGAGUCAGGCUCUGGAGAACACUGCCAUAGAUUCUGAACCUGCCGACUUCGUCGCCGAGUCUGUACUUGAAGGGUCUUCAGAGGUUGUUUCGGCCGCCCCUGAGGAGGCUAGUUCCGAAAAUCUUUCCACGGUCGAUGAGACAGCUCCUAAAAGCGCUAUACAGACAGAGCCAACAGGCGAAGAGGUUGCAAAGGAGGCCGAUCUCGAAGAACCAGCGCCAGCGGAAACCGUAGCCGAGAUACUUUCAGAGAAAGCGCAGCCAGAAGAGCCUGCCAAAGAACUUUCGGCCGAAGGUGAAUCGCCUCUUGAAGAGUUACCAGUAACACAGCCUGUCAACCCGGAAGCAACGUCAGAGGAAACCACCGUACAUCCUGACACUGGUUCCAAUGACAAUGACACACUCGCUUUAGGAGCGACCGCCACCGGUGUUGCUGUUCUGGGGGGACUAGUUGCCGCCGACAUUGCCAACGACUCGGUUGACGAUGAAACUGCCAACGGUGCCCCCCGGUUUAGUGCCGCAGAUGUUAUCUCGCGACGAAGCUCAUCGGAUAAGUUGACGCAGACUCUUGAGAUCGCUCUAACUCCUACAAGAGCCGCCACGGAUGGCCAGAAAGACUUGGAUGUGGAUUCAAACUUCAGCCCCGUACAGAGAGAAGGCUUCUCGGACUCUGGAACGCAAACAGACAGCUCAGUCUGGGGCCUUCGGCCGUCCACGCCCGCCGUGGUUCUUCCCGAGCUUUCCAUGUCGCCAGCGGCCAAGCAAAGAGCAAAGGUUCUGAGACGUCAGCGCAGGAUGGCCAUCAAGCAAGCCGAAGAGCUCGUGGCGACUGCUGUGAUCUUCUAUGCCACGGCGGAGGCUCUCCGCUCAAAGACAGGCCCUUUACCGGAGAACAGCGCCCAGAUCAUCAAGGCCAUGCCUAGCUGGGAACAACCAGUCCAGAUCAAACGGAAAAGGACCUUAUUCUCGAGGGUUCUCCCCGGCCUUCUUUCCAGACGCAGGAAAAACAAGGAUGCAGAGGCUCGCGAAAAACACAGGCGACGCCGCCACUCUUCCACUCACCACUCUUCAUCGUACUCCAGUCGCAGCCGAGGCGAGGACGAAAGCAGGGACGGUAGCAGACGGCACUCGCAGCACUCACACCAGUCUAGCCGACGACACCGCACGGAUAGCGAACGAUCUCUCCGAUCCGGCGACUCUGCCCCUCGUACCCCAACAGGACCACCAAAGCGACGAGACAGCGGGUUUUCUGAAAGCCCACAAACUGUGUCUCAGCGAAAGCAUCGCAGCGAGCGUAGCGAUCGCAGCGAGAGAACUGAGAGGAGCGAGCGUAGCAGUCGUACCGAGCGCACGCCUGAAGAGCAAGCUGCCCACGAUCGCCGCAAGGAAGAGCGCAGGCUUGCGCGGGAGAAGGACAAGGAGCGCGAACGUGAAGCUGCCGAACGGGAUCGAGACCGUGAACGGGACCGCGACCGCCAAAGGCGCCGUGAUAGGGAGCGCCAGCGUGAACUAGACCAUGAAGCCGAGGAAAUGGAGCGAUCGCGUCGCAAGGGCAAGGAGCCUGAAGUCAUUACCAAGCCGGAUGAGACCGGAGACCGCGGCCAUCGCCGCUCACGCCGGCACAGUACCGCAGAGCACCAUCGUCCGGAGCGUACCCUCAGCAAGAGAGAGCCCAGAGACCCAUCACCGGAAAAGUCCAAGAAAUUCUUCAGCGUCAGGAAUCCAGAAGGUACGGUUGAAGCUAAAACUCUUCCCCGGGACCCUCCUCCUCCCCCAGCAGCCAAGGACGACAUACCGACGGAUGACGAUGCAGGUCAACAACAAGAAGCAGCUGGUUCUCGUGGCAUUCUCAAGCGAUCCAGCACAACGCGCGAUAAGCACAGCCAUAGACACAGCCAUACCCGUCGGUCCGAGGACGUGGGAAGGUCUAGCAAGUUGCAAAAGGCACGCGAGCAAGUUGCCGAAGAAGCAUCGCGCCAGGCGACCGAGAAGCCCAGAUCGAAGCAUUCGGACGAUUCCCGGAGACGCGCGCGCGAAGAGGAGAGAAGAAGGACAAGAGACGUCGAGAAGGAUAGGGAGAGGGAGAGGGAGAAGGAGAAGGAUAAGUCGAGCGGGAUCAAGGGCAUGUUCAAGCGGCUGUUCAACUGAAUGUGCGUGUAAUGUGUUUAUGACGAUGAUUGUACGCGGAUUGUAAUGUGUUAUGAAAACGGGAUAGAUUGUUUUAUUUUGGAUUUAUGGUUUGGGUUAGGAGUUCGAUCGGUGGGAAUGGUUCCAGGAUUGUCAACGGUGGCUCAUCGUCUCCUGUGGCCAUUUGCUGCAUGAUUAAUGUGUUAAGAGUCUGAACACGCAAUGCUCAAUGAGAUUUACGAUCCAACUUCAC